CCCACAUAUUAUUAUACAACCCUUGUAUCUCCCCUCUUCUGCCAUUUUAUCAAACCCUAGCAAACAUUUAACCUCUUAUCAACAAAUUUUCAAUCAUAAUCACUUUCGUUUUGUAAGAAGCCCCUGAUUCGUCAACCUAACUUCUUUGAUUUUCCUCAGCAAACUAUGGAUUCUCAACCCAACAACUUAUACGAAACGGCGUCUCAACCCGAUACCGGCAACGAUGACGCCUACACGUUCCUGGAAUUCAACACGCAAGGCGAAGAAGACUUCAAUUACCCGGAGUUUCAAGAGCUCUCACAGCCCAAUGCCGUUCGAUCUUCACCCUCGUCAUCAGUAUGGCCCACACCGUCCGACUCUAUAUCCGUCGACACCUCCGCCGCCGUCGACCACCGCUCUGACAGCAACGCCUCCCCUGGUUCGGCAACUUCGGGAAAGGGUGGUGGUGGUAGGGGGAAUAAUAAUGUUAAUCAGCCGUCGGCGGUCGAUGCCCUUGCUGCGGGGAUGAGCGGAUUGAAUUUUGAAGAGACUGGGGAUGAUGAGAGUUAUGAGUAUGGUAAGGGGGAUUUUAUGGAGCAUGCUUGUAAGUAUUGCGGGGUGCAGAAUCCGGCGUGUGUCGUCAGGUGUAACGUGCCAUCUUGUCGGAAAUGGUUCUGUAAUUCAAGGGGGAACACUUCUGGUUCUCACAUUGUUAACCAUCUGGUUCGAGCUAAACAUAAAGAAGUGUGCCUUCAUAAAGACAGUCCUUUGGGAGAAACAAUUCUUGAAUGCUAUAACUGUGGAUGUCGAAAUGUUUUCCUUCUGGGAUUUAUUUCAGCCAAGACCGAGAGUGUGGUUGUUCUACUUUGCAGGGAACCAUGUCUAAAUGUGAAUGCACUCAAAGACAUGAAUUGGGACUUGAGUCAGUGGUGUCCACUUAUCGAUGAUAGAUGUUUCUUGCAGUGGCUUGUUAAGGUUCCAUCUGAACAGGAGCAGCUUCGGGCACGUCAUAUUAGUGCUCAGCAGAUUAAUAAGGUGGAAGAACUUUGGAAGACAAAUCCUGAUGCUACCUUGGAGGAUCUUGAGAAGCCUGGUGUAGAUGAUGAACCCCAGCCUGUAGCCUUGAAAUAUGAAGAUGCCUAUCAGUAUCAAAAUGUGUUUGCCCCACUCAUCAAACUUGAAGCUGAUUAUGAUAAAAUGAUGAAAGAAUCUCAAAGCAAAGACAACCUGACGAUUCGGUGGGAUAUUGGUCUUAACAAGAAGCGUAUUGCAUAUUUUGUUUUCCCGAAGGAAGAUAAUGAGUUACGUCUUGUACCUGGCGAUGAGUUACGACUGCGGUACUCUGGGGAUGCUGCUCAUCCAGCUUGGCAGUCAGUUGGACAUGUGAUAAAACUCACUGCACAAGAGGAGGUGGCUCUCGAGCUUCGUGCGAGUCAGGGAGUACCUGUUGAUGUGAACCAUGGUUUUAGUGUUGACUUUGUGUGGAAGAGCACAAGUUUUGACAGGAUGCAGGGUGCAAUGAAAACCUUUGCAGUGGAUGAAACAAGUGUCAGCGGGUAUAUUUACCAUCAUUUGUUAGGCCAUGAGGUUGAGUUUCAAAUGGUCCGCAAUGCAUUACCCCGCCGUUUCGGUGCACCUGGUCUUCCGGAGCUUAAUGCAUCUCAAGUUUUUGCUGUAAAAAGUGUCCUCCAGAAACCAAUAAGCUUGAUUCAAGGGCCACCGGGCACUGGGAAAACAGUCACUUCGGCAGCAAUUGUUUAUCACAUGGCCAAACAAGGCCAAGGACAGGUUCUGGUAUGUGCACCUAGCAAUGUGGCUGUAGACCAACUUGCAGAGAAGAUAAGUGCCACUGGCUUAAAGGUUGUACGACUGUGUGCUAAAUCAAGGGAAGCUGUUAGUUCACCCGUUGAGCAUUUAACCCUCCAUUAUCAGGUCCGUCAUCUUGAUACUUCUGAAAAGAGUGAACUUCACAAGCUGCAACAAUUGAAAGAUGAACAAGGGGAACUGUCCAGCAGUGAUGAGAAAAAGUAUAAAGCACUGAAGCGCGCUACAGAACGAGAGAUAUCUCAGAGUGCUGAUGUCAUCUGUUGCACAUGUGUUGGCGCUGGAGAUCCUCGGUUGGCCAAUUUUAGAUUUCGUCAGGUGCUUAUUGACGAAUCUACUCAAUCAACUGAGCCUGAGUGUCUUAUUCCUCUUGUUCUCGGGGCAAAGCAGGUUGUUCUUGUUGGUGAUCAUUGUCAGCUCGGUCCGGUUAUCAUGUGCAAAAAAGCAGCUCGUGCAGGGUUAGCUCAAUCACUAUUUGAGCGACUUGUGAUGCUUAGUGUCAAACCAAUUAGAUUGCAGGUUCAGUAUCGGAUGCAUCCAUCACUUUCAGAGUUUCCUUCCAAUAGUUUUUACGAAGGUACCCUCCAAAAUGGAGUGACAAUCAAUGAGAGGCAAUCACCAGGAAUUGAUUUUCCCUGGCCUGUGCCAAACCGUCCGAUGUUCUUUUAUGUCCAGAUGGGACAAGAAGAAAUUAGUGCUAGUGGAACCUCCUAUCUUAACAGGACUGAGGCUGCAAAUGUUGAAAAAAUAGUCACCACUUUCUUAAGGAGCGGUGUAGUUCCAAGUCAGAUAGGGGUUAUAACACCGUAUGAAGGGCAGCGUGCGUACAUUGUUAACUACAUGUCAAGAAAUGGUGCACUUAGGCAGCAACUUUACAAGGAAAUUGAGGUUGCAAGUGUCGAUUCGUUUCAAGGACGGGAAAAAGACUACAUCAUUUUGUCAUGUGUGAGAAGUAAUGAACAUCAGGGUAUUGGAUUUCUUAAUGAUCCACGCAGGCUUAAUGUUGCACUUACACGUGCUCGUUAUGGUAUUGUCAUUCUUGGAAAUCCGAAAGUUCUCAGUAAACAACCAUUAUGGAAUGGUUUACUCACACAUUAUAAGGAGCAUGAAUGUUUAGUGGAAGGUCCUUUGAACAACUUAAAGCAGAGUAUGGUGCAAUUUCAGAAGCCAAAGAAGAUAUACAACGACAGGAGGCUUUUCUAUGGUGGUGGACCUGGUAUUUCAGCUAAUGAUAACUUUGGUUCUGCUGCUGCUGCUGCUGCUUCAGGAAAUCCUGGUGCUGAUGGAAGAAACAGUCGUUCCAGGGGUGGUCCAUACAUGGGGGGAGGUGGAGCAGGUAAUGGGAGUCAUAAAGGUAGUCUUCAUCCUGCUGCAUACCCAAUGCCUCGGGUGGCUCUUCCACCAUAUCAUGGUGGUCCGCAGCCGUAUGCUAUUCCAAGCCGUGGAGUACAUGGACCGGUUGGCGCUGUUCCUCAUGUUCCGCAGCCAGGUAGUCGGGGGUUCACUGCUGGUCGGGGGAAUGCCGGUGGUGGUCCUAUUCCUAUUGGCAGCCAUCUCUCACACCAACACCAGCAGCAGCAACCUAUCGGGGUGGGGGGAUCUAAUUUCAACAAUUUUCCUUCACUAGAAAAUCCAACUAGCCAGUCAUCAGUGGGUGGUGGUCCAUUAUCUCAGCCCGGAUAUGUUUCUAAUAUGACUCAAGGGCCAGCACAAACAUUCCGUGAUGGCUUCUCGGUUGGAGGCAUGUCACAGGAUUUCUUGGGUGAUGAUUUUAAAAGCCAAGGCUCACAUGUCGCAUAUAAUGUUGCUGAAUUUUCAACACAGGCUUCUCAAGGUGGAUAUACUGUUGACUAUGGUAAUCCGGCUACCCAGGGAGGGUUUCCUGGAAGCUACUUGAACCAGAAUUCUCAAGCUGGAUAUUCUCGUUUUGGUACAGGGAACGAUUUUAUGUCUCAGGACUACAUGGGGAUGGGGGGGCAUGGUUCUCAAGGAUUGUUUACACAAGUAGGGUUCACCGAUCCAUCACAAGAUGAAAACCACUUUGGUGUGGCCCCCAACAAUUCUCUUCAGACACAGAAUAUGAUGAAUCCAUUAUACUCGCAGCCGUUUGGUCACUAUAACUCUCAACCUGUAAACAUGCAGCAACCACCUCCUCCUCCUCCUCCUCAAGGGCAAGGGCAGGGACACUACAAUGGUUGAGGAAUGAACAGGAUUCCUGCCAAGGGUUGUAGUCGUCCGGCCGCUUGACUUUUGCUGCCACUAUGUUUGACCAAACUGUAUAUCUUCUUCUACCCCUAAAAUACGAUUUAAGUUUGACCAAUAAAAGAGAUGUAUAUCAAUGAACAACAGAGGAUAUGAUGAUGAUUUUUGAUGGGAAGACAUGUGGUGGCAAAUAAUGGGUUGAGUUGAGGAAGACACAGAAAAGAAAAGAAAAGAAAAACCUCGAAAGGAAAGAAAGAGUGGGUAAAAUGAAUGUCAUAUGGCCUGGUUUUGUUGUGUGGAGGGUUUGUAUUUUUGUUGAGGAGAGGAGAGCAAAGUCGAUUGAUUGCACACAUAUAUAAAAAUAAUACACAACAGAAGAGAAAAAAGCAGGUGGUGGUGGUAUUGUAUUGUAAGGAUUUUGUACAGGCUUUCGGCUUUCGUGUUUCAUCAUCUAUCUAACCCUUGUGCGUAACAACAACCGGGACAUGUACAUGUGUCAUUACUUAUUUUAUCAAACAACCAAUAUUGCGCUAUGUUUUUUGUUUGUUGUGGGAUGGAUUUAGGUACAUGACUCUUGUGUUUUGAUUGAUAUCAUCUUAAUUCUGAGGAAUAUUGUGUACUAUAUAUAUAUAUUUCAUCCUUCAUAUGAUUGGUUUCUUAGGCUGUGAUGUGCAAACUUUUUUUUUUUGAUGAUGAUUAGAGCAUUAUGUCUUUUUCAUACAUGACAGAUUACAACAUCUUGUACUUCCUUUGAUCAAUACAUCCUUAAUGCAAAAUAUGGUGUCUAAUGUUUGUUACGCAAGAUAGAACAUGUUUGUUGUGUUGGGGAUGUGUUGGGUUGACACCG